AUGUCACUGAACACGAAGAUAAUCUAUGGAACUGCAUGGAAGAAAGAGCAAACCACUGGGUUGGUAGUGAAGGCUGUUCUGAACGGAUUUCGCGCCAUAGACACUGCCUGUCAACCGAAGCACUAUCGCGAAGACUUAGUUGGUGCCGCCCUUCUAGAGCUCCAAGAGAAGCACAACAUCAAACGAGAAGAUCUCUUCCUUCAAACUAAAUACACCCCAAUAGGCGGACAAGAUCGCACCAAACCACCCCCAUACAACCCCUCCGACUCAAUUCCAAACCAAAUCCUCGCGUCCAUCCAAAAAUCGCUCUCCAACCUCCACACGACGUACCUUGACAGCUACCUCCUGCACUCGCCGUUGCCAACGAUUGAGCAGACGCUCGAGGCGUGGACGACCCUAAGGCAGCUCCAGGACGAGGGCAAGGUCCGUCUGAUUGGAGUGAGCAACACGUACGACGUGCGUGUGCUGGCUGCGCUCCAGAAGAUGAGGAAAGUGCAGGUAGUGCAGAAUAGGUGGUAUGAAGGAAACGAGUGGGACCAGGCGGUGGCUAGGUAUUGUAGGGAGAAUGGGAUUAUGUAUCAGUCGUUCUGGACGCUCUCUGGGUCACCGUCACUGCUCACUCAUCCCGCGUUGCUGACGUUGGCGAGGGAUUCCGACAUGACUGAACCACAGGCGGUAUACAAGCUGGCGCAAUUGGAGGGUAUUAUCCCAUUAUCGGGCACCAAGGAUGAGACGCAUAUGAGACAGGAUGUCGCUGUGGAGAAGCUAUCGUUUACCGGUGACAAAGUUGAGGAUUUACUGAACACUGUUCGAGAUUUUGUAUCAGGUUGA